AUGUUUGAGCAUGUUUUGAAGAAAUUUACUCCAGACGUGCCUUCAAAUCUAUCUGGGGGAAGACCUAGACAAGAAGAUGCCCAAGAAUUCUUGAGUUUUGUCAUGGACCAAAUGCAUGAUGAAUUGUUGAAACUUAAAGGCCCUUCAUCACAACAUCAAAAUGGAGUUAACUGCUCUCUUGUAUCUUCUGAUGAAGAAGAUGGUUGGGAAACUGUUGGACUGAAAAAAAACCGUUCUGCUGUCACCAGAACUCAGAAAUUUCUGCCAUCUGAGUUGAGUGCAAUUUUUGGGGAACUAAGAAGUGUUGUGAAGGCAAGAGGCAACAGAGCUUCAGCUACUGUUCAGCCAUUCCUCCUGCUGCAUCUUGACAUUCAUCCGGGAACUGUUCACACAAUUGAAGAUGCAUUACAUUUAUUUUCUGCUUUGGAGACACUGGAAGGAUACAGAAUAUCCACCGGGAAGGAUGGUGAAGUAGCCGCUAGCAAGUCAGUGAAGAUUCAAGAGCUCCCUCGAAUUAUGAUACUGCAUCUAAUGCGGUUCAGCUAUGGAAGCAAUGGAAUGACUAAACUGCAUAAACCUGUCCGAUUCCCACUUGAGCUUGUACUUGGUCGCGAGUUGCUUGUACACCCAUUAUCAGAGGGACGAAGAUAUGAGCUUGUGGCAACGAUCACACACCACGGCAGAGAACCCUCAAGAGGUCAUUACACAGCUGACACGAAGUAUUCUGAUGGGCAGUGGCUCCGGUAUGAUGAUGCAUCCAUCACUGCUAUUAGCACAAGCAAAGUUUUGCAUGACGAGGCAUACGUUCUUUUCUACAGACAAAUAUAGUGCUGCAUCUACCUUACACUGAAGAGUUGAGUGACUUGGUGUCAGGCAGGUUGGCCAGAAUUGUGUCACUGGCCAUUGAGAUACUUACAUUCAUUGAUGUCUCGAGAAAUCUGAUACCUUUGUAAUGAUGCAGAGAUUAUAGUGAUUUUUGUUGGGGUUUUUUGUGCA